UUGAAAUGAGGAGAAUAUUUAUUGAAGUUAUUUAUUUUCAAAUGUUUUUAAUUACUUUGUAAUUUCAAUUCAACUCUUUUUAGGCAUUUUCCCCUCCCAUGCAUCCAGUCCCACAAUUCUCAGCAGCCGUUCAAAAUCAAAUCAAAUCUCUUUGUGUCAUGUCUUCAGUCAAUGGGUGUGAGAAAGAGAAAAGAGGACGUUGCCAGCAACAAAGUCAGAAGAGACACUCUCAACAUUCAGCUGCGCAAUACAGAGUCACCAUUCUGCCAUGCCGCGGUCGUUCCUCGUCAAGAGCAAAAGGACUCAUUUCCUUGGCCCAUCUAAGGACUUCUUUAGACAACACUCCCAGCCCCAACCUUCUGCCAACCAGCCUGUGCCGCAUGAGAUGAGACAGGACAGGAGGUAUCCUGAAGAUGAAGAGUCCCCCAUGUUAGGGGUCAAAGACCUCCUGGCUGAAACCUGCUCACCAUGGGAUGGGAUGGCAGUCCGGUCUCACAGUGCACCAACAGAUGAUUCUUGGCAUUCAGCCCCUGUGGAGAACAGAGACGCUCCUCUGCCAGUUUCGCUGUGGUCAGCAGACAGACACCAUGCAUCUGAAAGAGAGAGAGAACUUGAGAAACUGGUCUUCAUGUUACUCAACCACACAGCGCACACUGACCUCAAAUCCCCUGUCAGCAACUGUCCGCUCUGUGAAAAGUCUCUUUCAGAAGUGCUAAUAUCAGGAGGUGGCCUGCAGGCCCACAUUUGCAACAACCUCUCUGUCCCAUUGAUACGAUCACCCAAAGCCACAGACAUGACCCAUAUGGCCUUUGGCUUCAGAACGAUUGGCAGAUGUGGCAGAGCUAAGGAGCGUAGCUUUGACUGCAAGGUGUGUGGAAAGGUGUUCAAGCGCUCAUCCACCCUGUCCACACACCUCCUCAUCCACUCGGACACGCGGCCCUACCCCUGCCAGUACUGCGGCAAAAGGUUCCACCAGAAGUCAGACAUGAAGAAACACACCUUCAUACACACAGGUGAGAAACCACACGUGUGCAAGCUGUGUGGUAAAGGAUUCAGCCAAAGCUCCAACCUCAUCACCCACAGCCGAAAACACAGCAGCUACCGGCCGUUCAGCUGCCCCGGCUGUCAGCACAGCUUCCAGCGCAGGGUUGACCUACAGCGCCACCAAGAGACGCAGUGUGGCUAUGGAGACAUGUACGCUCAAAGCUGAGUCCAUGAAGCAAUGAAGUGAUGGCAAAACUGGGAGAAAUGGAAUUUGUAAAUAAUUUUCAAUCAUUCAGAAUUAUAAACAAAAAAUGCAUCAAGUAAAAUGCUUAAAAUGGAAGGUAAAUAUCAAUAAAACUUGAUUGUGUAAAGAGGUUA